AUCUCAAUUCUCUUAUUUUCGUGUUCUUUCUCAGUGGUGUUGAGACGGUACUCGCUGUAUAAACCAGUGGUUACUGUAUGGUCUCUCACUCCUUCUUGCUGUCUUGUACAGCUUCUUUGAUCAUCUUUGUCGUUUUGUUUUCUAGUGUAUUGGCAGUCUUGUGCAUAUCUGUACAGCUUUGCUGUUUGAUGCACCUCUGCUUUAAUCUUUGCAGCUUCGUUGUCUUCCUGUACAGCUUCGCUGUUUAGGUUCUUUGUGUUUAGGCCUGCUCCCAUGGGAGCUCGAACCGGCCUUCGCAAAAGACGCAAAGACCAGGUUCCCUCAGUUUCCUGCCUCAUCUUCCCACAGUUUCCUGCCAUAUACCUAUCAUUUGUGGUCUUGUUUGUGCCAGAUGCCCCAUGUGCGGAGUCUCGCAUCCAGGUGUUUGCGUCGGGCUCGGGCUUGCCAACUUGGAUGGGUUCGACCGAAUUGUCCUCUUCCGUUGGUGCUCGAAGGCCUAAUCGCCCGUGACACGGUCUUGCAUGCAGAGUUGGAUGCUCAGGCUAAUAAGUUGUUGACAGCAUUACUCCAUCCCUCUGAUAGCUGCCCGAAAGUUGAUUCCGUUGCACUUCGCGGUUUUUCUUCUGCUAUUGAUGCUGGGGUCCAGGUUGACGAGGUCGAAUAUCCUUCUCAAAGCAUUCGAGUAUUUUCAAUUGAUGCUGGUGUCCAGGUUGACGAAGUGCACUGUCCCUUUCAGAGCAUUCGAGUGUCCUCAAUUGAUGCUGAGGUCCAAGUGCAUUCUCAAAGCAUUCGAGUGUCUUCAAUGGGUGCCGGCGUGCAAACUCAGUUCACUUGCGAGGACGCCUGUGUGCAAACUCAGUUCACUUCAAUGGAUGCUGGCGUGCAUACUCAGUUCACUUUGAAGGACGCCUGUGUGCAAAGUCAGCUCACUUUCCAGGACGCCGUCAAAACAUGGAUUGACAGGAGUACUGCCCAGAAGGGGUUCACCGGCCAGGUUGCGCUGCAGUAUUUAAUCCAGGGGCUUGAAUUAUUCGUAGACCUCAUGACAGAGCCAAUGACCAUCCCAAAACAUCAUGUAUCAUUUUGUUUCCAUACUUUGUUCAACCUCACGGAUCAUGUUCAGUCGUUUCUGGGAGAACUUUUGGAUUGUCUCAAAUCUCACCGUUUCGUGACGGGGAAAAUGGACCGUGCCGAGGAGGCCAGGUUUAAAGCUCCAGGGUACAUUGUCGAUUGUUUCAGUUUUGUUCCAGACGGACUCUUCGAGAGUGCCAGUCGCGCAGACCCGCGGAGACUGGCAGCAGACACCCGGAGACUACAGCAAAUGUGGGAGCCCCAAGAGCUCAGAAUUACGUCGCCACGUGGACGCAUCGCCUCUCCGUCGGGGUCGUCGUCUGUCCGUGUCGCUUCGGAUGUGAUAGCCAAGACUGGACAUCAAAAGUUGGUUCCCGAAUCUUCCCAAAGCAUUCGAGUUUCUCCCGAUAACGGUGGGAGCUCUAGAGGUAGCCGCAAAGGCAGAGGCAAAGGCAAACGAUAGGGCAGCUUUGAACAUGAUUGUCUGCAUACAUUACCUCUCUGUGUAUUGUACGCUGUAUUGUAUUGGAUUGUUGAUUGUGAUUGCCUCGCGUGGUCUUUUGAUUGUUGAUUGUGAUUGCCUCGUGUGGUCAUUCUGUGCAUUGUUUGAGCUCUAAUAAUUCAGUGUGUGCAUGUUAAGUUCUUGGCCAGGUCUCCAGGCUCUCUUGUCGUAGUUUUAGUUUCGCCUCUUCAGUGUUCUCACUGUUGUAGGGUUGUACGAGCCUUCAGCGGCGGAGCGCAUCUGCGAUGUUCUCCCACAGGUUGUGCGAACGUCUUUGGUCAUGCAUGUUUCUGUUUCUCUAUAAGAGCGGACUGCUUGCUUGACAAUUUUGAGGCUUCGCUUCGCCUGAGACUUCGUUGGACCUGGCCUCAGUGGCCAAGAUGGUCCCAGCAAAGACGCAAAAGACCAGGUUGACGGUUGACGGUUUACCGCUGGCUCCCAGUCUUGUUGCAGCGCAGAGAUCCGCUGAUGGGACCCUGUCGGCGUCUGGUGCUGUGCCCUGCCUGUUUGAGGUGAGGAUCUCCACAGUGAAGACGCCGCCCGCCCCUCAGCCCGACCCCGCCCCAUCGAGCAGAAAUGUCUUGGAACGGAUAACACCGUACCCUGGUACGUCGCGUCGAGCCUUGUGUCAUUCACAAGACAUUGCUAUGUGCAAGUACGUUGUGCGAAGAACAUUGUGCGGACCGAAGUC